UGAGAAUAUAUAAAGCGGAAGGCUUGCAGCGCUUCUUGAGUCAGUUCAGUGAAGCGUUUCCAUCGGAAUAUUGGGAAUAAAAAAUAUUUUAUAAACAAUCUGACUAGAUUGUUUAAAUUCUCGUCAUGAAGGAAUCGGUGAUAUUUCUGGCAGCUUUGAUAGCAGUUGCAAGGGCCCAACAGCCAACGAGUCCAAUCCCAAUCCUAAGGCAAAGCCAGGAAGGUCCAAAUCCAGAUGGCUCUUAUAAAUGGAGUUACGAAACCGGAAAUGGAAUUGCGGCUGAGGAAGAGGGCCACUUAAAAAAUGCAGGAGCCGAAAAUGAAGCAAUGGAGGCAAUUGGACAAUUUUCCUAUACUGACCCAGAGGGAAAUAAAAUUCAAUUGGAAUAUAUUGCCAACGAAGAUGGUUUCCAACCCAAGGGGGCUCAUCUGCCAACCCCACCCCCAAUUCCUCCAGAAAUUCUUAAGGCUCUCGAAUGGAACGCAGCCCAUCCAGAAGAAGACAAUAUUGAUUCCCGAAAAUAAUUUUUUUUUUAAAUCAAAAAAUCAUAGAAGUCAAAAAACAAUGAAAGUAAAAAAUGCAGUUUUUCAAAAAUCUUGAAUGGCCCAAAAAAAAUUAGAUGACUUUUUCUUAGUCUCUUUGUUGCGAUUCUAUACACAAAAAAGUGAUAGAUUGCAUUCAGGAAUAAUGUAAUUAAUUUAUUAUCGUAGUUUAUUAAUCAAUUGAUAAAUUAAUCAAUGCAAUCAAUGUUUUUAUGCAGUCAUGUAAGAUUUAUUAUGAUUGAAAUAGGCAUUUAUAGUGACAAUAUUUCCUUUGUAAAAUUCAAAUUGAAAUCACAUAAAACUCAAUUUGAAUUUUUUUUAGAGGAAACGAUAAAUUUUUAAGUUUUUCAAAAUUAUAAUAUUUUGUUAUAAAUUUUUCUAUGGUGGAAAAUUUUUAUUUGGAGGAUUAUUUAAUUAAUAAUGUAAUUAUACUCUAGAGUAAUUAUGUGUGUGUGCCUCUAUAAAAUGUGUUCUCUGUGACCAAAAAGAGGGAGGAAUUUUAAAGAGAAAUGAAAAAA